AUGCAACUAACCACCGUUCACCUCCAGCCCGAAAUGAUUGAGGACAUCGGUGUCCCCAAAAACGAAGUCGCGAAAUGGGUCGGAAUCACCUCGGCUGUGGCAGCCGGUUGCCAGGCCGCCAUGGCCGUCACCUGGGGAACUGCCUCGGACACCGUCGGUCGCAAGCCCAUCAUCCUGUGCGGCUUGACCUUCACCAUGAUUUUCUCGCUGAUGUUCGGCAUGUCGAAGACCCUGGCGAUGCUGGUCGUUUCCCGUGCGCUGCUGGGCCUCAUGAAUGGGAACGUCGGGAUCAUUCGGACCAUGGUGGCGGAGAUGGUCCCGGAGAAGGAGUUGCAGCCGCGUGCAUUCAGCGUUAUGCCGCUGGUUUGGACGAUUGGGAGUAUCUUUGGGCCGGCCUUUGGCGGUGCGCUGGCGCGUCCGGUGGAGAAGCAUCCGGCGAUCUUUGGAAGUUGGGGGUUUUUCAAGGAGUAUCCGUUUCUGUUGCCCAAUCUGGCGUCGGCUUUUCUGUUUGUUAUCGGGAUUACGACGGGGUGGCUCUUUUUGCAUGAAACACUGGCAGCCAAGAAGCAUCACCGCGAUAUAGGGUUGCGGCUAGGUCAGAUGUUGACAGGCUGCUGCAGCUCUCCCAGAAAGAAGAUAUCCUACAUCGAGCCGCAGGAGGAUGACGAAACCACUGCGCUGCUGGGACAGCACCGGUCCACAAAGGGCGCCGACCAGAAGCGCACGGCUGCCAAACGACCGAGCUGGAAAGAGGUCUUUUCUCCGCAGUCCACACUGGUUCUUCUCGCCUAUGCCAUGAUGGCGAUGCAUAACAUGGCGUUCGACUCCCUGCUUCCAGUUUUUCUGCACACGCCGAUUCAGAGACUGGACGGGAAUCCGGAGGUGCGGUUGCCGUUCAAAUUUGUCGGCGGGUUCGGCGUCGACUCCCAAACGAUCGGCAUAUACUACACCUUGAUCGGCAUUAUCGGCAUGUUCGUUCAGUUCUUCAUCUUCCCGGUGGCAGCCAAGCGAUGCGGUGUCCUCAACUGCAUCAAAGUCAUUGCCAUCGUCUUCCCUAUCGUUUACCUCGUGACACCCUUCACCGCACUCGUACCAGCAUCGAUCCGGAGUUUUGUUGUGUUCAUGCUCAUGCUCAGCAAGCUGACAUGCACCAUCUUCAGCUUCCCGUGCUGCACCAUCCUCCUGACUAACUCUGCGGCCAGCCUCAGUGUGCUGGGGACCCUGAAUGGGGUCGGCACAAGUGUCAGUGCGGUUGGAAGAGCGGCGGGGCCUGCACUUGUCGGUGCGGCGUUUACCUAUGGAGUUAACCACGGCUACGUCAUCAUCCCUUGGUGGCUUCUGGCUUUCUUUGGUGCCUUGAGUGCAGUGCCUGUCUUUUGGGUAGAGGAGACGGAUAGCUUUCAAGGCAGCCAAGAGUCGGGAUCGGAAGAUGAGGAGCGUUGA